CCGCAUUGCUGCCUGUUCAACGUCCAUACCGCCAAGAUGUCCAACGUCUCUGCUGACCUCAUCUGGGAGGUGUCCCGCCUCCAGAACUCCUACCUCGUCAAGACGAAGACGGGCCAGUUCUCGCGGGACCCCCUUAACCUGACGAACCUGCACUCGCGCAAGUAUGCUGGUUUCGCCAACGACAAGGCUAUCGGCAUCUCUCCCAACGAGAAGGGUGGCGUCAAGGUGAUCAGCAAGAAGCCCGCUGCGACCAACAAGCCGGCCUCGAGCCUCUACACCGUCACCUACGGCGGUAACAAGACCUCGCGCAAGACUUACCGGGCCGUUGCCAACCAGGCCGCCAAGAACGGCUACCGCCCCGACCUCCGUGCCGCCGCGGUCGCCCGUGCCAGCGCCAUCCGCCGCUCCCAGAGGCCCGUGAAGCCCGAGCCCGAGCGGAAGCUGAGGGGCAAUGCCGCCAAGAAGGCUGCUGCUGCCAAGCAGUAGAUGGUUGACGAGGAACAGGACAAGUCGGAAAGGCAGCUCUGCAUGAGCUCUCAAAACCUCGCGUCGAGGAUUACUUGACAGAUGGUGGAAUGCGGGGCAAUAGGACAGGACGGAUUUCCAAACCUUGCAUUCCGGGAACGGCCACGGCGUUUGAUAUCCAAAGAAUCAGUACUCAAGCGGGGUCAUCGCAACCCGGAUGGCGUUGCGGCACAAUACAUGUGAUGAGAGCAGAAUCAACUGCGUGCCAAGCCUUUA